UUUUAUUAGAUUCCACCCGAAUGGAGCUGGAAGGACAGCACAACUACAACAAAGACUGUUGGCUACAGUUUCAAGAGGAAGCUAAUAUGUUGCCCAUGCAAACAAGCCUUCCGGCUUCAACAGACUGUGGUGAAGGCUCCGCAGACGGCCAAGUGAACCGCAUGACAACGCAGCACACGAGCAGUGCUCUGCCACCAGAACCAGCUGCUACUCCCAUGAGCUCCACAGCUCAGGAAGCCACCAAGCAGACUUGUCGGAAGUGGGAUAAAAACUUUCUUCCCUCUUUCUCUGCAUACUUAAAUCCACUGCUCCAUGGCCAAGAAAUGCUUACUAUGGCACGCCGCCGCAUGACAGCACAGCUAAGAGAUGAGGUCAUUGAAUUCCUUGAAAAGAACAACUUGAUUAAAAGUUCUAACUCUGCUGUCAGAAGGUGGAACUACUGUGCCUUUGCAGAAGCUCUAAGUGACGCCUAUCCACGAAUGGUAUGGGAAACAAAAGGAACUGCAGCAGUUCAGCAGCUUGGAUGGGCGAUUUCAGAAAAUGUGACAGACCCAGAAAGAAUUGAUCUCUCCAGAAUGAACAUGUUGCUGCAUGCAACCAUUGAAGUACGGAAGAAAAAUCCAGUCGAGGAACUCCCUGUAUACUUUUUGAAUGCAGCUGUGGUAAGCGUAUUUACAUAAACGAGUAACAUUUUGCAUGAAUGCCUUCACAUUUUUUCAAUCUGUUUUGCCUGUUGAAGUGGCUAUUGAACGAAAAUUUUUACGUUGAAUUCUUAUUAGGCUUUCCAAAAACAGCACGCCGCACGCUUGUCUGCAUUUUGUUUGCAAUGCAGACAAGUAUUUGCAGACAGGUUUGAGAGCAGACAUUCUUAGUACAUAGUACUUUUGCAAGCACAGUGCAUAAAAACUACAAGGAAGGAAACAGCACCAGAACAGACUAAAUCCUAAUGAUUCAGACUAUUUUGCAGUAAGCAAGAAAGUAAGAAAAUGAAUUGAAAGGAACAUGUUUUUGUAAAAAUAUAGAUUGUGUUGGAAAAAAAAGGGGCGCCUGAGACAUUUCAUUACAAAGAAUAAAAGCCUCAUCAUUACAAAAGCACUUUGAAAAGUUCAAAUGUGCCCAAAACAAACCAACGUGAUUCAAAAAACGUACUGAGUGUUUGUUUAGACUACUUUUAGAAAAAGGCUAUGGGCUUAGCGAAUGUGGCAUUUGAAUGAUUGCGUAUACUGUCUUUUUAGCUUGGCAUGGAGGCUGAAGUUAGGUUUGGGGCAUCACUGCACGCUAUGGAAAGUGAGCUUCAUAAAAUCCGGGAAAAACUCAACAUGGACAGCUUUGUUGAUAUUGACUGCUAUCUGCGUCCUAAAAAAGCAGAAUUUGCUUUAAUAUCUGUGGACCCACAUGAUGCCAGCAAGCUCCUUCCAGGGCCAUGUGUUGUCAUGGAACCGGGAGCCGAAAGAAUCUUAUGCAAGCAACAGACAGUUCAUCUUGUGCCUGGAUGUUCCGUUGAGCAUGCAUUAAUCCUAUGCUUGACUAUAUAUUUCGUACUAGAUGUCUCCUAUCCACAUGCAUUCGGACAGACCUUAGGGUUGCUACAAAGCAUACUGUUAAAGAGUGAAACAUUUCAGGAGUGCUUCAUGUCCCAAAAGCUGAAAGGUUUGUUGAAGCAGCUGAAAAGCUACCUGACAAAGACAAGGUAGAAGGCUAGCCAGGCUGCAAACUGAAUAUGUAGCUAGCUGACUGCUUCAGACAAGCUCUCUUAAUGUUUUUUAUGUUGCUUGGGUGAUAUGAGCAGCCAGUGCAUGCUGCUCAUUUGUAUUGGCAAUUGACAAAUCUGUAUAAGUAAAAACUCAUUGAACUGAAUACUAUAUGCCAAUACUUGAUUUACUUCUUGUUUAUUGUGGUUUUCCUGUUUAUUCCAACUGUCUUGAUGUUCUUGCUACACAGACUUCUGUAUAGUUGUGUACUAAUGUUUAUUCUUUAAGCUGGCCUUGUAUUAUAUAAAUAGUUGUUUGCACAUAACCGUGCUGCAGAAAGUGUUCUGUGGAAUAAAGUGUUCAAAAGUGUUUUCCAUCCUUGUUUACUUAUUCAGUACUGUCAGCCAGAAUAUCAGGCUUCGUUAGUACUGUACCUCUGUAAGUAGCAUUUCAUAAGGUUGAGUGCAUUCAGAAAUAGAAUUCAGCCUUCAGAUCAUGCCCACGUAAAGCAUUGGCGUCAGCUAUCGCGAUUGUAGUCUCACAGAUUGUGUAGCACUGCAAUUUCAUUUAAUAUGACAUGCAUCUACAAUAAAUCUUAGGCAUGACACCCGAAUGCAAAUGCUGCAGCCUUUACUGCGGCCAUUCUCAAGACUUCACAAAUUCUUUCAUUCAUUAUAUUGAGCACUCACUGAUAGCAUGGCUGUUUCCGUGCACAUGCACCU